GUCCUGGCAUGCAUUCUGGCCCUACUUAGAGAGAUAAUGGUUAAGCAAGCUCAACCACAAAAAUAAUUUAGAGGCUGCAGCAGCAGAGGAGGAGAAAAAGGAAAGUAAAACAGAUGGUUUCAGGGCAACUUUCCCAUGAACUGGAAAUCAACGCUGCGGCUAGCAAAGCUUGGGAGCUUUACAGCACUCUGGAACUAGCAAAGCUUGCAGAAAGGGAACUCAAAGAAGUCCUUGACAAGACUGAGAUCGUAGAAGGCGAUGGAGGCCAAGGCACUGUCCUCAAACUUACUUUUAAACCAGGAGUGCUUGGAUUCAGUUCAUACAACGAGAAGUUUACCAAGAUAGAUCACGAGAAUCGAGUGAAAGAGGCAGAGGUGGUGGAAGGAGGAUAUCUCGAAUUGGGAUUCACUCUUUACAGAGUUCGUUUUGAGAUCGUGGAGAAAGCAGAGGAGUCAUGCAUCGUCAAGAGCACAAUUGAGUACGAACUCAAGGAGGAGGCUGCUGCCAAUGCUUCCUUUGUUAGCAUUCAGGCAUUGGCAAACUUGGCAGAAAACGCAAAGAACUAUCUCACCCAAAACAAAGCUUGAAGGUUUCUCUGUUUUCCUUUAAGAUUGUUGAUCCUCAAUUUGGGAUAUUGGAUUUGGUUUUAUUUGAAAAUGUGGUUCGUUUGACAGAUAUAUAUGUGCCUUGUUUAUGCACUUUGGCUCAGGUGUAUCUACUAUGCUUAUAUUUGAUUUAAUCUAAAGUCUAAACCAUGCAUAUUGGCAUUUUAGCAAAUGAAUACAAUAAGAAUAUAAUGAGGUUGCGUCU